AUGCCUCCACGAAGCCGCGAAGACUUCGCCAAGUUCACCAAGAAUGGCACUGUCAAGAUCAUCAUUGGCGCCCAAAAUCCGCCUACCCAGGCCCAAAUUUUCCACAUCUAUCGCGACCUGCUAAUUACCACCUCGCCCUACUUCCGCGAGAAGCUCACCCACCAACGCAACGAGCAAGGCAUGUUCAUCGAGGACGACGAAGAUGACAACGACCCCGCCAAUCCAGCGCUCCUUCCCUCGACGCUUCGCGAACCCGACUUCGCCCUCGCACCCUUCAAGCAAUUCAUCGAGUGGAUCUACAACAAGCCCCUAACCCCAAUGGUCGGCGACCACGCCCUUACGGCGGACACAUACCUUCUCGCUCACACCCUGCGCAGCGAGCCCUUCCGCAACGACAUCUUGGACGCGGUGCGCCACCACCAUGCGCGUCACCCGGACGAGCAGCUGGGCCUACGCAGCAUGGUCAAGCUCGCCCGCACCAUGCCACCAGAUGAUCCCAACCACGAAGGGAAAGUCAAGCUGCUGGAAUUCCUCGUCGCGCAGUUGACGUACAAGAUCCUCGUGCGCGGCUGGCAUGAUGGCGGCUUUGCGGGGAAUGGGUUGCUCAAGCGCCUAUUUGCCAGCAGUCCCGUUGUUGUCAUGUGGCAUCUGGAUGGCUUGCAUGAGAUGCUGGAGAGUCAGGGCUUCACGGGCCAUGUGCAGGGCAUGUAUGGGCGUGUGAAGGAGGAGGUUGAUGAUGGUGCUACUGGUGGUGAGCCGGCUAAGGCGAGGGUCAAGAGGCCGAACUUGAGCUUGCCGCCGAAUCCGGCUGAGUGGACCGGCUGUUGCUUUCAUGAGCACAAGCAUCGGGAUUCGAAGUGCGCAAGUGCGAUGGCUAUCGACUAG